AUGGCAUCCACUCAAUACAAUGAACUACGGGAUGAGAUAUAUGUGAAAAUCAUGGAAAGGAUGGAAAAAAACCAUGAGGGAGGCCGAUUUGUUCCUUAUGGCACCGCGGAAGAAGUGCUACAGCCAGAAGUUUUGCGACACUUUUUUCGUAGUCUUCAAUUGGGCGAUAUACCAAGUACCGGUUAUGAUGAUCUUGACUUUGAUUUUGACGAAAACAACUUGAUCCGCAAACUAGGAGAACGGAAGCUUCACAAUUUCCUCGCUACUCUCAUUUUCGCAUCCCGCAGCAUCGAGGCUACUCGAGCGUUCACCACCAAGCUGUUAGCCGAAAGGGCCUGGCCACCAGAGAUUUGCUCUCUGCCGGCGGAACGUGAGACACUCACGGAGAUUUUUGGCGAACAAGUCACCCCGGAUGAAUUCCUAACACAACAAGCAUGCUUUUGCCCUAUCGUGAUUUGCAAAAAAACAGAAGUUCGGAUUCAGAGCCCAGACCGACAGUGUUUACCCUACCUAGAGCAGAAGUUUCGGGGGGAUGGAGCACAAGGCGCUGUAUACCAAGUGAAGAUCGCAAAGGGGCAUUUUUUCGACCCGGCCCUUGGAGGAAGAAAUGAACAGCCAACGGAAAUGGCGCGCAAAGAUUAUCAACCAACCAAGCACAUGGAAAAAGAUACUUUGAAGCAAAUCCUUGCCUGCGAUCGAACCUGUCCGAAUAUCGUGGAUAUUUACGGUAGCCUCGUCAUUGGGUCGACAAAUAGUUACAGCAUCUUUAUGCCUCUCGCCGAGUGCGAUCUGAGCGCCUACAUGAGGGAAGACCAUCGAGCCAGGCCCAAUACCACUAUGGAGAAGACACAGAUAAUCAAUUCAGCUCGAGGACUCGCACGUGGGCUGGAAUUUCUCCACAGUGGCAUGAGGACUGCCGAAGGGGACAUGAUGGUUUGUUACCAUAUGGACAUCAAGCCAAAGAACAUUUUGGUGUUUUUCGAAAAUGUUGGGGACAGGCAGGAAACCGUUUGGAAGAUUAGUGACUUCGGCAUGUCUAGCCUCAAAUUGAGAUCUCAUGGACAGGAGAAGGAGAAAGACUUUGGCGGGUGGUUUGCCAGGUCCCAACAGCCUAGGGAUGCACCAACCUCGGCGGCCUACAACAGACGCGGAGACGGCACUUAUCUUGGGCCCGAGACCCUUUCGAAACAUAGAACAAUGAGAGAAAAGAGCGAUAUCUGGUCUUUAGGAUGUGUCCUCAGUGUUGUUUUCACGUACUUAGAGGAGGGCAGCUCUGGCGUGGUAGAAUAUGCAAUGAGAAGAGCAAGUCAUCGCAGCGCUGACGGCUAUGAUCGCUUCUUUGUCACCAAUCCACUGUUCGGUCGACCAAAAAUCAAUCCGGCGGUCGCACUAUGGCAUGACCAACUGAUAAAGAAAGCGAGACAGAGAAGCCCCAAGGAAGGAGAAGCGGUGAAAUCGAUGCUCGAUUAUCUAGUGCAUGAGGUUCUUCAGCCAGAACAAUCGAAGAGAUGCAACGCUCAGCAAUUAGAGGAUAAAUUGCUUCACACAUUUCGGAAGUACGGGAGGUUAGGAAAUGAGGCGAAUCCGCGUUUGUCAGAGGAAGAGCCCGGCCUGGCCAGGGUACUACAGAGAAUGCACAUCGAUUCUUUAAUGCGUGAGAGGCAAGAUCCCGCCACUGACAGACGCGUUGAGUAUUGGGAUCUGAGUACCUCUGAGCCCUUCAAAGGCUGCGAGAUCUCCCCAGAUGGAACUGUUAUUGCGUUUUGGACUGACAUCAAAAUUUCGCUUUACACUUCGCAAUCUCUGGAACAAGAGGGGGUUGAUGGUAUACACCCAGCCGCAGAAUAUCCGAUCCCGACACUAGGGUGUCGCUGGAAGAGCAUCAGCCUGACGACAAGAAAUUUGAUAGCUUCUACCUCGGGGGGCACUGUCCAAUGUUAUAUCUUCAAACUAGGGUCGAAUAUGGAUGUCAAUCUCAGACCUUCGGUUCGAGUCUCUCUGCCAACACUGCCUGAGAUUAAAAAGGUGGCUCUCGCGCCUGGAAGUCAGAGAGUGGCAUGCAUUGUCAGUAACGAAGAAGAAGACCAGAAUUCAGGGUCCUUAUAUUCUGGCUACCUCAAUUCUCCGCAUGAGUGGAAGCCAAGGUAUAAACUUGAUUGGCCAGCAGCAGACAUUGUUCAGUUAUCAUUUGCAACAGAUGACGACCUGUAUAUGGUUUUCCGACCACAGCGAAGUGGUCCGAAUCACAAGCACGAAAUUCCCGUCAUUCAUCUGUCCUUUCGAUCUAACCAGCUAUGCCAGCUCAUUAUCGAGCCACAAGGCCUUGACACUAGCAGCACUGUUGGUCUUUUUACCACUUUCACACCAUUUAUCCAAAAGCCCCAUGCCUGUGUACUUAUCACCCGAGAAAAACAGUUGCACAUCCGAAGUCUCGGACAAGGGGAUACGAGUGCUGCAAAAGUCGACAUCAAGAAUUACCGGGUACUUAAGUUGAUGAUGGGUGAAAAUGACGAGAAAAUAUUCGCGGUAGGGAGGCGCGCGGCCCAUAACACGAUGCUUUUAUUGGAGAUUGCCAUACCGACACCCGAGGAUAAGAGGAUUUCUGUGACGGAACUUGCUGAACUCCCAGGCCUGAGAUACAGCGAUGAGUUUGCUGAGAGAGUUGUCCACAGUGAAGAAGAUAGUGUUGUUAUUCUUGCCGCUUUGGGGGGUGCGGAUCAGUGUCGUAUAUACAAAAUCACUGUGUCCAAGUCAAUAUCGAGUUCAGCGGUGGCAUAG